GUGAAAAUGGAAAGUAAAGAUUCAAAACUAAUAAAGAAAACGGGCAGGAAAACCCCUAAGUACUGUUGUAUUUGUAAAGGAAUUUACAGAGGAAAGGUUAUUGAUGGGAGAAAAGUGUCAUUGCACCGUUUUCCUCAGAACAAACGUUUAAAACGUGUGUGGGUGCAGCGAUGUAAAACGGUCAUGAGAUCGUUCCAGUGGAAUGAACACAGACGAUUGUGUAGUGAGCAUUUUGUUGGCUUCAGAGGACCUUCAUUCCAGCAUACACUUCCAUCUAUGUUUCCAACUGAGACUGGUGCUACCAAAACCUUCCAGCCAACGCUCCUUGAUGAAGACGUAGGUGAUGAUGAUGAUGGUGAUACGGUCAAUGACGAUUUAGACCUAGAACUGUCAAAUGAUGAUAGUAUACAGCCACAACUGUCAUUUGUAUCCCCUUCCGGGCAUGCCAUUGAUACCUCUGUCCACCUGCAUGAUUACUGCAUGGGACCAGUACUACAGCCACAGAAUCAGUCCUUUAGAUGUUGUGACACACAGACUGAGAACAACUGUGCAGUGAUGGAAGUACAAACUGAAGAAAGUUUCCUGGGAAAAACAGCAGACUUCAGUUCACAAACAGAACAUUCUACUAGAGACUUUGGUGUACAAUGUCAGCUACCUAUGCUCACAUAUGAUGACGUAAAAUACAAUGACGAUUUGGUCAGUUUUUACACCGGAAUCCCUAAUCGAGUUGUGUUUGAAGCUUUGUUUGAUGAAAUCAAGGAUGAAGCUGAAGUGCGGACAUCAAGGCGGAAACUUAACUAUAAAGAUUCAGAUGGAGGACGGCCAAGAACUCUAAGUGUUCUGGAUGAAUUUUUCAUGGUGCUGAUGCGCCUACGUCUAGGUCUGUUAUUUGAAGAUCUAGGUACUAGGUUUUGCAUAUCCACUUCACAAUGUAGUGACAUUGUUGAAAGAUGGAUCAACUAUUUACAUGUACAAUUAUCCUUUCUUGUUCAAUGGCCAUCUCGUGAGGUAGUGAAAAAUAACAUGCCUGAACAAUUUAAAGAGAAAUAUUCUAACACUAGAAUUAUUAUCGACUGCACUGAAAUUUACAGUGAAACAUCCAGUUCUCUUUCUUUGAAAAGUUUAAUGUACAGUGAUUACAAGUCUCACAUGACUCAUAAGAUUUUGGUGGGUAUAAGCCCAAAUGGUGUUGUAACUUUUGUUUCUGACUGUUGGGUGGGCUGUACCAGUGACAAGAAACUCACAGAAAAAUGUGGACUCUUGGACUUGCUUGAAGAAGGAGACGCCAUAAUGGUUGAUAAGGGUUUCACUAUUACAGACCUUACUACUCCAAGAGGCAUUCAUCUCAUUAUUCCACCAUUUAAACAGAAAGGAAAACAAUUCUCUAAACGUGAGGUUCUCCUUACAAAAGAUAUUGCAAGUUUACGAAUACAUGUUGAAAGGCAAAUGGAGAGAAUCAAGAACUUUCGAAUAUUGCAUGGCAAUAUUCCUAUAACACAGUCAAGGAGAAUUUCUAAAGUGUUCAAAAUAUGCACAUAUUUGACAAAUCUAUGGCCACCACUUGUUCAAUAAUAACUCAUGUGUCAAUGAAAGCGUUUGUAUAUAUCAAGCAUUAGAUUUAGGGAUAAAAACUUGUAUACUUCUAACUAGAACAAUGAAAUUACAAUUUUGUUUUAAAAUCAUUUUUUCGAGCAAGUUAUAUGAUAACAUAUGAGAUUACACAUUUGAUUCAGGUUUGACAAAAAUGGAUAAGGAAAUAUGCUCAUGUGAAUGGAUUUCAAGAUUUGAUUUGAAACAUGUAUGCAUUAACUGAUCA